UGUCGCUUCGCGCCACCGCCGUCGCUCGCUUCCGCUGAUCUGCCUCCGCUCGCAUCGGAUCGCGUCCCGUCGUAUCGAAGCCCUUUCGGAGGAGGAGCCCGGCUGCACGUCGCUCAGAGGACAAAGUCGCAGACAUGAAGACGGAGGAGAAGGCGCCUCCGCCGCCCGCCGGCCCGCGCGUGCGCAUCGCCGUGCUGGGGAAGGUCAACGUAGGAAAGUCAGCGCUCACCGUCCGCUUCCUGACUCGCCGCUUCAUCGGGGAGUACCGCUCCAACACUGCGAAGAAUCCGUUGCCUGAAGAGUUUCUCAGCGUUCGAACUCAUAUCCUCGGCUCUGCAAACCCUCGUGCUGGGCGCAGCACACAACACACGGGCCGCCGCACCGCGUCGACAUCUGGCCACUGGGCUCUUCGCGUAACAUCAAUGGGGCUUCUCACAAAAACCACAAGUGGGGAUGAUGACUUUUUCAAAAAUGCAUCUUAUUUUAAAGAAUGCUCCAAGCAAUAUAAGCUUAAAGGAAAGAAUGUGAAGUGUUCAAAUGCUCCAAGAUGA